AUGGGGGUUGGGAUCACAGUGGAUGUGGCUUGGGGCUGGGGCUGGGAUAGAGUGGGGAAGAAUGAGAUGAGGGUGGGAAACGGUGUUCGGGUUAGGGCCAAGGUCUCUGACGCUCAGCUCAAAGACAACUGGUUGGCUUCUCUCUCUUGCCCUUUUCCUCAAAUCCGUGAAAACUUUGACGGCACCGCAGAUUCGACCCGUACCAAUUCGGAUUCCAGUUGGGUCAUUGGGGUCGACCCGGAUCUUUCUGGUGCUUUGGCGCUCUUGAAAGGCGAUGAGUCUGGUUGUUCUGCUCAGGUAUAUGAUUCUCCACACUUGAAAGUACUGGUUGGUAAAAGAGUUCGAAGACGAUUAGAUGCAAAAUCCAUUGUUCAGUUGCUUGGGAGUUUCAAUGCACCCCUUGGGACAGUUGCAUAUAUAGAGCAGUCAAACCCAUAUCCACAAGAUGGAAAGCAGGGAUGGUGGAGUGGAGGCUUUGGGUAUGGACUAUGGAUUGGGAUCUUAGUUGCCUUGGGGUUUUCUGUUGUUCCAGUAUCAUCUAUUUCGUGGAAGAACAAAUUUGAACUCACCGAGGCAUGUCUACAAAGGAAAAGGGGCUUGGGAAUUGGAAAUCAUUUUUUUUCCAUGUUUGGGAGGGCUGAGGCACUUCUCAUUGCUGCAUAUGGAAAAGGGCUAAAGAUAAAGUCAGACCUAUCAUGCAACCCAGAGGUAUUGGUUCCCCAGAUUGGCAGAUUGCCAUAG